AUGUGUGACAUCGCUACUUUAUUCAACACGAAUACCACCAGUGAUCUGUGUUGUUUUGAUUCUUCAGAUUGUGCGACAUAUUUAUGUGGAGCUCAGAAUAGUGCCAUUGAGAGUGGGAAUGGUACGACCUUUUGUUACUUGGAUCAAGCAAUAGCUUCCGACAGUUUCGAUAACGCUCCCAAUGGAACGUGCGGAAACAUGGCUUGUGCUUUAAGGGCACUGUCAUCGCAGCCAUCAGUGACCGUCGACUUAUCGACUUUACCGACCUCUUAUUCCUCAGCUGAACCUUCCGCUUCGUCGACCGCAUCGACAUCCUCGAUGUCUUCCGGUGCCAAUCCCGUUGCAGGACAAGGGAUGACAGGGUUGUGGUUGGUAGCAAUGGUCACAUUGGCCAUGUUUGGCAAAAAGCUCCAGUGGUGA